AGGGGUAUUUUUGGGUGAAUUUUGGGCUAUUUUAACGUUGGUUCUGAGCUGGUUUUGGGUGAGUUUUGGGCUAUUUUCCGGUGGGUUUCGGGGUCACUGUAGGGCGGUUUUGGAGUUGGGUUUUGAGGUAAUUUUGGGUUGGUUCUGGGCUAUUUUGGGCUAUUUUUGUGCUUUCGGCUUCACUUUUUAGGUUUCUCCGCUCCGUUCGCGUUCUCUCCUCCUUCUGUCCCUUCCCGGCCUCCGCCCCCACGUGACCUCGGCCCCGCCCCUGCCGCGGCACCACGUGACGCGAGGCGCCGGUGCCGCCAUGAUGGCGGCGGGCGGCGGGGCCGGGCCCGGGCGGGCCCUGGAGGCGCUGCUGGAGAUGGGAUUCGGGGCGCGGCGCGCGGCGAAGGCGCUGGCGCUGACCGGGAACCGCGGGGUGGAACCGGCCAUGGACUGGCUGGUGGCUCACGAGGACGACCCCGACUCGGACUCGGACCCCGAGACCCCCCCGGAUCUGGGGGCGCUGCUGGGGGGGCCCCGGGCGCCCGCGGGGGAGCAGGACGAGACCCAGAAGGCGCUGUUGGAGGCCGGGCAGGAGCGCGAGCAGAGGGAGCUCAAAAAAAAGCUGGCGGCGGGACCGCCAGAGAGGGCGGCGCGGCAGCGAGUGCGGGAGAAGAUUGAGAGGGACAAGGCGGAGCGAGCACAGAGGUUCGCCCCGACCCCCCCGGCCCCCCCGGCCCAGCCCCCCCAGGAGGCGCCGGCGCCGCGGGAAUACGACCAGUGCCGGAUCCAGGUCCGUCUCCCCGACGGCCGCGCCCUCACGCAGAGUUUCCGCGCUCGGGAGCCGCUGGCGGCCGUGCGGCUCUUUGUGGAGCUGCACCGCGGCACCGGCGGCACCGGGGGGGACAGCGGGGGCCCCCCCGAGCCCUUCAGCCUCCGCACAGCCUUUCCCCGGCGCCUCUUCACCGACGAGGACAUGGAGAAACCCCUGCAGGAGCUGGGCCUGGUUCCCUCCGCCGUCGUCAUCGUGGCCAAGAAGGAGGGGAGCUGAGGGGGGCACCCCAAAUAAACCCAAAAAAACCCAAAAA